AUGUCUUCCCUAUCCUCAUCAACGGUAGCUAUGACACCAUUACUGAAAGAGUAUGAAAAGCAUGCUAACUUGUGGUUUGGACAGUCUGCCAUAAUUGGUGGCGUACCAACCGUGACGCUCGACGUGCCCAUAUCCGCCGUCUUUCUAUCCCUCUACCUCGCCGGCGCGAUACUUCACAUCUCCAUAUUCACGACAAAUCGACGCCGAGGUCACAAAUUCUUCAUGACCUGGCUGCUUAAUGUAUUCUGCAUAAUACGCGUUGUUACUUGUUCCAUGCGAAUUGCGUGGGCAACCACUCCGAAAAACCCAAGCCUGGCAAUUGCGGCACAGAUAUUCAACAAUGCCGGCAUCAUUAUUGUCUAUAUCGUCAACUUGAUCUUCUCCCAGCGCAUUUUUCGGGCCAAGAAGCCCCAACUUGGGUGGAACAAGGCCCUUGAGCUAGCUUUCAACGCAAUAUAUUGUCUUAUUGUCGGGACCUUGAUCAUGGGUAUCACUGUGCUGGUUAUUUCCAUCAACACGACGAAUGUCCGAACGCUGCAGUCCAUCCGAGAUGUCACACUCGCCAGCGCGACUUUUAUACUUGUGGUCGCAAUACUGCCAUUUAUAAUAGUAAUGGUUGCGUACCUAAAACCGACACCUUGCUCUCAGGAAUCCUUCGGCACAGGUAGCAUGGCAGCAAAGUCCCUAGUUGUCCUCUCGUCAACCUGUCUUGCGAUCAUCAUUGCAGGCUUCAAGGCCGGAACUUCUUGGCAGCCAGCACGUCUCGCUUCCGAUCCGGCCUGGUACCAUUCGAAGCCGGCAUUUUAUUGCUUCAAUUUUGUGCUCGAGGUCAUUAUCUUGGCUAUCUUUCUUCUCUCACGGGUGGACAAGCGCUUGCACGUUCCGGAUCACUGCAAGGGUCCAGGCGAUUACUCGAGACUGGGGCCAGACAAGACGGAGGAAGGUGAUAAGGAUCGGGAUUAUUAUCGCCGCAAGGGAUAG